CCUUCGGUAACAAAGGCAUGUCCAGUUUUCUUGUACAUAUCUGUAGUCACUGCAAUAAGUCUACGAUUCCCGCCAGAGGACCGGUAUUUGUAUUAUGUUGCACGAGAUUUCUUUGCUUCUAUUAAAUAUAAGUACGAUAUUUAGCUCCAGCAGAUUUACACUUUUAUAACGUUUCAUUUAUUCUGCAAACAUGUCUGAAGAUAAAGGAACAACAGAGGACAUGUGGACUCCGUACAAGGAGUUACAGAGUCUUGUAGAACGGUAUAUUACAUCUUCUCCAACUACCCAUGAUCUUCAAUAUCAUGAAUUUAUAGAAGCUUUGAGAAACCAUAGACAAAAUUUUCUUACUCUGUUAAAAAAUCCUCCUCCAAAUGCAAAUAGCCGGGAAGAAAUAACGAAAGGAGCAAUUGAGGGUAUCACGCUUCCUGGCUUAGGACAUCAAUUAUUAUCAAAAGAAUUAGUUGAUGAAACGCUGAUUAUAUCAGACAUGUAUGAGCUUAAUGAAUUCAUGGCAUUGGAUCUUUUAUGUACCGCCCAGUUGCAAAUGUCCCAUCAUCCUGGUUUACCUCGGGGAUUAACAGCUAUUUUAUUAUACUAUGAUGGAAAGAAAGCACUCACGUCAACUUUAAGAAUGCUGGUACAAGCUAGAAUGGGACAUAGCUGGAAAAUCGAUGCCCCGAUUGCUCUUUUAAGACAUAUUACCGAAUAUACAAAUAAAUUGGAAAAAGAUGGUUUAUUACAUAGGAUUGUCUCUUUAUUGGAAACCAUGGAUCCUUUGAAGGAACAAGAAUUGUUAGAAAAAAAUCGUGCAUUAGGAGGAUCGAAACAUCGUUAUAUGGUGAUGAAACUUUACAACGAUUCUAGACAAGACUUGGCCGACAUUUUAUAUCUAUGGUCUGCUCAGUCUUCAUUGCCAAAUGAAAUCUUAUUUCACUUGGUACCUUAUUUACAAACAAAACAAAUAGUAUCCGAAGCAGGUGAAGGAGGUCCAGAUAAAGUCACUCUUGCGAUCAUAAUGAGUGUAUUAAACGCAAUUAAUUUUAGUUCGUUACACAGUCGCGAGAACGGCGAAGAAUUGAUCAAUUCUAUGCCGUUAAUCGCAGAAAGAGGAGCACACGAAGAAUUGUACAAGAAAUUAUCAGCUAACGUCAGUUGGGAAAAUGCCGGAUUGUGCGGAAUAAUACAAUUUGCAUUUGCAGUUGCUUUGGCAACGAUCAAGACUGCGAGCAGCGUGCAACUUUUAAACAUAACCACAGAAGACGAAAGAUUGUUGGAAACGGCUUUGUCGAAUAAAUGCUUUCAUUUUAUGGCCGAAGUAUUGUUCAAGAACAAAAUCAUCUAUUACGAAGAAUUUUAUAUACGUUAUUUUCACUCUCUCAUUUCUGAUUUUAUAUUGCUAAUGCCUAUGAAAGUGAAGGAAUUGCGAAAUAGAGCAGACGAAUCUAUGCGUUUGAUUCAAGCAUAUCAGCAAGAGGGUAUCGAGCCACCUCUGAAUCUAGAUAAUCAUUUCGAAUAUUUGAUGUUAACCGUAGCUGAAUUAUAUAAAGAAGAUCCUUUAAAAUUGGAUUUGGUUAUGGAUUAUUGGUGUCAUCAUUCUGACUCGACGCACGCAUCCGCUCCAGCCUAUAUCAAUCGUUUGCCAUCUAGACAGGUUGCUUUGUUUAAAUUUGUACGUCUUGCCGGGGAAAUAUUGCCAGCAGGAUUAUUUGUUCCGUAUCUUAAAAUGAUAGCGUCUCUCGCAUCUUCGCCGCAGGCAGCACGACAAGCGUUUAAUUUUCUUAAACCGAAUGGAACUUCCGGAUCAACAACAAUUUCUUGGGAUCACUUCUUCAGUUCUCUGAGCCGCUAUUACAUUAAUCUUAGAAAAGAACUACCGCCUAGUCAAGAUACCGUGUAUCGUCAGAGAAGUCACCUGAAAGGUAUCACUCCCGAGGAAGUUAAAGGUCUUGAAUCGGUACUUUUGGUCGUUCAGGUGAUCGCGAAGAACGAUGAGAUGUCGAGAAUCGCGAUAUGCGAUCAUCCUGGAUGGAAAGUAUUACCAUCUCUGAUCGGUUUAGUCAGUUGUGGAAUAUCAAUUCCAUUGAAAGCUGUUUUAAUAAGAACUCUCGCCGCGCUAGCAAAAUCACCGGAAAGUUCAUCGACUGUAUGGCAAAGUUUAGAAGCUGCCCAGAUACUUUCAACUAUACCAACCAUAAGUAGCUAUCAACCGCGAGGUGUUCAGACAGAAUUGGAAGAGAUCGAAUCGAAGAAAGACGAAUAUCCGCUGACGCGAGCAAUGUUAGAACUAUUAGACGUUCUCACGGACUUUCCUAUACCACGAUUAUUAGGAAUGGGUCAACGCAAUCCUGGUUUUGAUCCGUACUUACACUUCAUCAUCAAUACCGUAUUUUUAAAGUUCCACACACGAUCGUACAAAAAUCCAGCUGAAAAAUGGGAAGUGGCAGAGGGCUGCUUAAAAAUAUUCUCAAAACUGAUCAAACAGUACGAGCCUGCGGUAGAGGAUUUUACUGGAUGUAAGGUAGAACUUCAGAGCGGAGAAACAACGGUGGUUAAUUCCGCUCCGGGAUAUCAUAUAAUGACCCAGUUGCAUUCAAAGUCGGAGCUACUGCACGUUAUAUUGUACGUUCUUGAUAAAGGUUGCUGUAAUUUUGACAUCUACGAACCUUUUCCUGGUAAAAAGAAUCUUGAAAAUGCUACGCUGUAUUGUUUGGAGAUACUGGAAAGAGGAUUAAAAACUCAGCACAGUUACAUGUCGCAAUUAGCUGCUGCAAAAUCGAUACAUAAAAUCUUAACUGGAUUAUCAAGAUUGCUUUUAGAAGUUGAUCCCCAAUCGAAGAAGCCUGAUUAUAUGAUAAACGUGGCAAAAUACAUAUUCUACAGUUCUUGGCUUCCACAACAUGCGUUUCACGCUGUUGGCGUGAUACACGAAGUGACGAACGAGCCAGGGGCUGAUUCGGAAUUACUUUCCACGUUCACAGCCACUCCGACUUUAGCUACGCAUAUUAGACACGGUUUCGUGGAAUGUUUAGACGCAGAUAUUAUUCUCGACGACGAUAACGAGUCGAACGAAAAACAGUACACUGGUAGCUGCAAGGAGAGAAUUCUACUGCUGAUGAUGCACAGCAUUACACGACCAACGCCGAAUCUUGCUCAUUAUCUGUUAGGAUUUGACAUCAACAUCAAAGACAUUAAAAAGACGAUACUGCAGCAGCCUGGAAUUCUAGGCUUUCCUCGAACGUGUCUCCAUUCUAUAUUAGGAAUUCUGGAACAAUCACUCGAGCGUGGUCGUGAUAAAAUAACCGAAGCUUGCUAUUGUUUCCUCCACACGUUGGCUGCGAAUAACAAAACAUCGGUCCCAGUACUGAGAUUCUUGCGAACGAGCAUUAAUCAAGAUUUCGUGCAACGGCACCUCUCCAAGUUACCGUUCGAAGGUCAGAAUAAAGCAACAGAGCUUGGUUGCAUGUCGUGGCUGUUAAAGAUAGCUGCGAUCGAAUUGCGAGUCGCUGGAGGUAGUUUGCAGAAUUUACUCGUUCAACGAUUAGUUGGGAACUUUGGCCAAGAAAAGGGACAGAUUGUUCCAUCGCAGAAACUUCUUAUGGAUCUGUUGCACUACAUUGAAUUUCAACUGCAAUUGGAACCACCGUUGGUACUAGACUUUUUUGAUCCGUCACAGGUAGAAAUGGUUUUAGGACGGUGUAGCGUACCGGUUACCUUGAUAGGAGGACCUCGUCUUAUAGAUAUCAGAAAACUUCAUUCCCUGAUCACCGAAGAAUUAGCGGUUACUCAGAACAGUGCAACUGCGACACAGAGGAAUCUGAUGCAGCAGGAAGUACAAAGAAUUUUGCAGCACGCUUUGAAGAGGAAUCAGAUCAAAUUGUUGUCGUAUGCUACUGUAAAAUUCGUCGAAGGCUGGUGUCAGACAACAGAGAUACUAUUCUGCGUUGCGACAAAUCAACAGCUACCCACGGCACAGAAACAGCAUCUGCUGUUGAAUUUGUCUCACGAUUUAUUGCAAAAGAUGACAUCUUGCGAAGCAUUGAGCGAGAUCAAAACCUUGGUAUCUGGAACGGUUCUGAUGUUGUUGGUGCAUUUAAGAAACAGUUUUAUCACACAGACCGACAACGAAUCGUUUCCAUCGUCACCCUCGAACACGACGAUGAUGAAGAUUAUUUUAAGCCAUGUAUUGCAAUGGAUUUUGAAUGCUGGUGCUUCAUCGCAGAAAGUGAUCACUCAUCUGUACGCAGCGUUAUUGAAUUUCCUCUGCGUGAUCGGUUUGGAAAAAUCAGAAGGUACAAAUAUCGUAGACUUUAUGUACGUUAGCCAAUUAGACAGUACUGUUAACAGAAUAAUGCCUGUUCAAGAACGUUCGCACCGUUAUGCAACGAUACAAGUGAUAAAUAGUUUUGGAAAUCAGUUGAUGGACAUUUUGUGCCACAAUUGUUCGGGUGGUCACGACGUCUGCAAAAUGUUGGCGUUAUCUUGUUUAGAUAAAAUAUUGGAAUUGGACUAUGACAACGCUUGGAUAAUCUAUUUAACUAGUAGAGGAUAUUUAAAGCAUAUGAUAGACAGUCUGCUAGAAUCUGAUAACAUGUUGAGGUAUAUGUUACAACCAGAACCUCCAACACUGAGGCCACUGUAUUUGUACGAAGCAAAAAUGGCAACGUUUUGUAGAAUGGCUUCUACGAGAUUGGGCGCUGAGAGUCUUUUAGAGAACAAGAUCUUAUCGUGCAUGUCGAGCAUGGUUGUUUUUGAUCAUCAUCCGGACGUUCACAUAGGUUUCGAAGGGGGUGAUUAUUCCUUCAUACCUUCUAUCGGGCAACGUUACCAGCAAAUCUUUCUGCCAGCAUUAUAUUUUUGCGAUGCUUUGCUCACCACUCUGGGAACAGAGAAUCAAUCCUGUGCGAUACAAGUUUGUGGCUUUCUACAGAGUCAUCGAGAUACCAUCGAGAUGGUCUUAAGAAACGCUUUCCCAAAAGCGAACACUCUUUUCUUGAAAGAGAUUGCCUGCCUUACAGGAGUGAUAUCCAGAUCAGCGAACAUUGAUAUGUAUAAAUUAGUGGACGAGGAAUUAACGAGGAACGAAUUCGACGACCGUCUAUUGGAGGAUGUCACUGGGAUAAGAGAGCUUCGUGCUCAUCUUUAUCGACUACAAAAAUUAAUGUUGUCUUUAUUGUGCAAAUUUCAGUUGCAACCACCUCCUAUACGCUUAAGUCACGAGCAAACGGAUGCGAAUCAACAACAUAUAUUCUCUGUUCAAAUAGUAGCAAAUAUUAUGUUGUAUACAAGGAAUCAGAUGCAGCACAGUAGAAUGGAUCAAAAGAUAAGGAACGUGCUGUUUGAACCUCAUUUGACACCAAAACCAGGGGGAAGAGAAGAUAGAAUGAAGGAUACGUCGGGUGGUGUACACUUGGGAACGAUUGUUGAUCAGCUUGUAUCUGUUAUAAAUUUGUUACACUCUGAAUUGCCUCAAAUCGAUACUCUCAUCAAGAAAUCGGCGAUCGUAGGAGAAAUGAGUACGACAGAAUUAAAGGAAUACAUGUCAGAGGAAGAAGCGAAGCUCGAUGUGCAGAAGCAACGAGUUAUAGUUGAACAACGAUUAAAUCGCUGGGUUAAAGAGAAGCGUCAAUGCAUAAAAUAUUGUUCUUUGAUAAUAGAACAUGCUUUGUAUAUUCUUUGGAGCCACUUAGAUUUCUACAUGAUACAAGUAGUAUCUCGGCAUAGCCGAAUGCAAGUAUCCUCCGGCGGUAUAGACGAAGAUAUGGUAGCGUGGAAAGUAUCAUCGGAAACGCUAAUGGAAUUGAAACAAGGUCUCGUUUCUACGUUUACAGAUAGUUUUAUUACACAGCUGCUGGAUACGCAUAGUGAAUACGCAACAGUGGAUCACAGUUUUAUCGAAGCUCUCGUAAGAAGAAUUAAAAGACUACUACAGUUUAUAAUUGUACAAUAACGGCACACUUACGUACACAACAUCGAUUCAAAAUAUAUAAGAACAUAUUUUUUUACAUACUCGUGUAUAUUUACAAUCGACUGCCAAAAUCGUAUUACAACAGUAUUUACGACUAUAACGUUUACUGCUAAUAAAUUAAAUAUUUAAGAACUGAUUACAGCCUCAUCCCAUGGUCCAUAAAUAUUAUCUUUGUACCUUUGACAUUGUAUAUACCAACAAGGACAAAUAAAAUGUAAAAAUAC